GGCCGAGGCCGGACCCCCGAAAUGCCUCGAUCGACGGUGGAGCUAGCGGACGGGGUUUAAGCUUAAACCCUAGAAAAUCCAAUCCUCCCUCCCAAAUUCAAUCCCCCGAAUCGAGAGAUUUGCAGAACUCCGGAAGCGUUUCAUCUUCCAAUCUCGCCGAACGCAGCAAACCUCAAAUGCUUCUCCAUCGAUCCGCCUCGAUCCUCCAUUUCCGCAAGCUCUCGCCGCCGCCGCCUCGCCAGCUUCUCGCGCAGCUCGACCGCUUUCGCUCCUCUUCUCUCUUCCUUUCGUUCUCUCCUCCUUCCUCCUCCGCCUCCUCUCCUCCUCCCUCGUCUCCUCGCCGGUCACCGUCGCUUUGGCCGAUCGGACGUCUUCACGUCCGAGCCAGGAGCUCCGCCGCGGCGGCCGCCGUCGCCACCGCUGGGAAUGGCGGCGAGACGUUUUACGCCGAAGAAGGCGUCUCGUGGAAGUCCGUCGGCGUGUCCGACAGGCUGUCGCGAGCUCUCUCGGACGCCGGCAUCGAGAGGCCAUCUCUUGUUCAGGCCUCGAGCGUACCGUCCAUACUUUCAGGGAAGGACGUGAUAAUUGCUGCGGAAACCGGCAGCGGUAAAACGCAUAGCUAUCUAGUCCCUUUGAUAGAUAGACUCUGCGAUGCGCAUGAUGUCGGCGCGGGCAAGGAGUCGAAUUCGCAUUCCAAAAUUCUUCUCGUCCUUUGCCCAAAUGUGAUGCUGUGCGAACAAGUGGUACGCAUGGCCAGUAAUCUUCGUGGGGAAGAUGGCAAAUCGCUUCUCAGAGUCGCUGCUGUAUGUGGGAGAAAUGGAUGGCCAGUUAACAAGCAAGAUAUCAUUGUGUCAACACCGGCCGCGCUGUUGAACAAUAUUGACCAUAAAGCUCAUUGUCCAGAUUUUUUGCGAGGAGUUAAGUACGUGGUGUUUGAUGAAGCUGACAUGCUUCUCUGUGGGAGUUUCCAGAACCAAGUCAUUCGUCUCAUUAAUAUGCUGCGGUUCGAUGAGAAAUUACUGUCUCGGAAGAAAAAUUCUGUCCCCCAUCAACCCAUAGCAACGAGUUCUGAUUCUGCGCUUCCCUCUGUUUUGGAAGACGAUGAAGAAAUAGAAUCGGUUGCUUACAUGAGCAGUUUAGAUGAAGAGGAAGAUUCUGAGGAUGUUGAUCCCCCCCAUCAACCCCUAGCAAUGAGUCCUGAUUCUGCGCCUCCCUCUGUUUUGGAAGAAGAUGAACAAAUAGAAUCGGUUGCUUACAUGAGCAGUUCAGAUGAAGAGGAAGAUUCUGAGGAUGUUGAUCCUGCAGAAUUUAGAGAUGAAAAUAAAGAGGGACAUCUUAAGAGAAGAGACUGGAGGAGAGUGAGAAAAACCUAUGCAAGGAGUAAGCAGUACAUCUUUGUUGCAGCUACACUUCCCACAAAUGGCAAGAAAACCGCAGGAGCAGUGUUGAAGAAGAUGUUUCCAGAUGCUAGCUGGGUUAGUGGAAACUACCUUCACUAUCACAACCCCAGAUUGGAACACCAGUGGAUCGAGGUUGAUGUUGAUACACAGGUUGAUGCACUAAUAGAAGCUGUAAAGAAAGGUUCAAAGACUUCAACUGAUUGCUCUGGUGUAAGCCGAACCAUGGUAUUUGCAAACACUGUUGAGUCUGUUGAAGCAGUAGCAAAUAUAAUGGAAGGAGCUGGCAUAGACUGUUACAGGUACCACAAGGAUAGUUCUCUCGAGCAGCGUGCAGAGACCAUAGUUUAUUUCCGGGAGAGAGGUGGAAUUCUUGUGUGCACCGAUGCUGCUGCACGAGGCCUUGAUGUUCCAAAUGUAUCGCAUGUUAUUCAGGCAGAUUUUGCUACUUCUGCAGUAGAUUUUUUGCAUAGGGUCGGGCGUACUGCUCGAGCUGGUCAUUUUGGAGUGAUCACAAGUCUCUAUACUCGAUCAAAUCGGGAUCUUGUUGAUGCAGUUCGUCAAGCAGGGAAGCUGGGUCAGCCACUGGAAAUGGCUUUCAGCAGGAAAAGAAGCUUUAGAAAUAAGCUCAAGAAGAAGCGAGGUCUAUCAAAGUCAGGAGCAUCCGGGGCUGAAAUGUCACAUGCGUGAGAAAUUUUGGUGGGAGAUUACAUCAGGUGCAAGAGUGUAGAUUGCUAUUGUCGCUUCAAAAAUAUGACCUACUUGUAACAUAGCUUUUCAGUGAUUAUAUAAUCAAAAGCAUGUAAAAGCCCCCUGAAUUUUUAAAAUUUCCUCUGUUUGAUUGGUUAUAAAUUGCAGUUUUGUCUCU